UAGGCUUGUUGUUUGAACACAUCACUUCAAUUAGCAUUUAGCAGUGUGCAUUUGCAAUAUGGAGAGAGUUAAUUCCCCAUUUUUCAUACUUUCCCUACUGCUCUUUUGUCUUAGCCUUGCUGCUACUCAUCAAAUCAAUCCUGAUGAGUCUGCACUUCUUGCAUUUAAAUCCCUCAUCACUUCAGAUCCUAACAAUGUUUUGAAAAACAAUUGGACCGCCGGAACCUCUGUUUGUACAUGGAUAGGAGUUACUUGUGAUUCACAUCAUAGUAGGGUCACUCAUUUGCAUCUCUCGAAGGAUCUCAAAGGCAGCAUCCCACCAGAAAUCGGAAAUCUUUCUUUUCUUGUUUCUCUAGAUUUGAGUGCGAACUCUCUUCAUGGUCCCCUACCAAAGGACAUUUGCAGAUACAACAACCUUCCAAGACUUAAAGAACUUGUGUUAACCAAUAACAAUUUGGAGGGAGAGAUACCAAUAAGUUUGGGUGAAUGCCCACAACUUGAGAUUCUGUCCUUGUCAUCCAACCAUAUCGGUGGACAUGUGCCUACACAAAUUGGGAACAUCACACACCUUAAGGAAUUACACCUUACCUUCAACAAUCUAAGAGGUAUUAUUCCCAAAGAGAUUGGCCAUCUUAAAAAAUUGGAGAGCAUGCAGUUGACUAAUAACAAACUUAGCGGAUCAAUCCCAAGAGAAGUGGGAAACAUGACAGCUCUUAUCGACUUAUCGCUCGACAAUAAUAGUUUAAGUGGAGUUAUUCCACACGAGAUUGGUCAUCUUGAUCAUUUACAAUCGUUGAUCAUGGGGUGGAACAAGUUGUUAGGUCCUUUGCCUUCGACCAUGUUCAACAUGUCUUCUUUAGAACAGAUUGAACUAUCAUCUAACACAAUUGGUGGGGCUUUGCCUUCGAAAAUUGGGAGCAUGAAUACAGUGAAAUACUUAUACCUUGAGAACAAUGCUUUAGUUGGAUUUAUUCCACGAGAAAUUGGUCAACUGGAUAAUUUAUUGUCUUUAGACAUGAGUUGGAACAAGUUGUCAGGCCCCUUACCUCCAGAGAUUGGGAACAUGAAAGUACUGACAGAAUUAUACCUUGAUAACAAUUCUUUAGUAGGAGUUAUUCCACAAGAGAUUGGUCAUCUAUAUUGUUUAGAAUUGUUGUCUAUGAGUUUAAACAAGUUGUCUGGCCCUUUACCGCCGGCCAUUUUCAAGAUGAAAGCACUGACCGGUUUAAGGCUUGACAACAAUGCUUUAAGUGGUCCAAUUCCGUCCGCCAUUGGGAGUAUAUCAAAUCUAGUGACCUUGGAUCUCUCCUCCAAUAAAUUAGAUGGUGAGCUCCCAUCCUCCAUAUGCAACUUGACACUCAUUACACACCUCACUCUCUCAAAUAAUACUUUCAAAGGAAGACUGCCACAGUGCUUGGGAAACUUGAGCACAUCUUUGACCAUCUUUCAUGGAAAUGAGAAUCAAUUUAGUGGCCCCAUACCAACAUUUACCAAGGGUUGCAGUCUUUUGUCCAUCAAUUUGGAUAGUAACAAAUUGCAAGGACAAUUACCUAAAUCCUUAAUCAAUUGCAAGAGUCUAAUGGGUCUAGUCAUUGGAAAUAAUAGAAUAAAAGAUGAAUUUCCCUUUUGGAUGGAAGGCCUACCCGAGCUUCGAGUGCUACUGUUGAGGUCUAACAAGUUUGGUGGAAACAUGUCGCUUGUUUCACCAACCAAGUUUCCAUUUCCUAAGUUACAAGUUCUAGAUGUAUCCUGUAAUAAAUUUGUGGGCUCUCUACCUCAAAGAUACAUCAAGAACUUCAAAGCAAUGAUAAAGGCAGAUUACAAUCAAACAAACUCGGUUUAUGACACCUAUUUUAGUAAUGUGGAGUCGGUACUCAUCUUGAAAGGUGACGAUCAGUUAUUGAAUAGACUAUUGGAAACAUUCACAAUAAUUGACUUAUCAUCCAAUAGAUUCUCUGGGACGAUUCCACCUUGCAUAGGAAGUCUUAAGAUUCUCAAAUAUUUGAACUUGUCCCACAAUACCCUCACGGGACAUAUACCUUCAUCUCUUGGAAACUUGAGUGAACUCGAAUCGUUGGACUUGUCAACAAACAAACUGAAUGGAGAAAUUCCAAGUGAAUUGACAAGGUUAACAUUUCUUGCAAAAUUAAACCUUUCAAUGAACAAUCUUGUUGGGCAAAUACCACAAGCUAAUCAGUUCUCCACAUUUGAGAAUGAUUCAUAUAUUGGAAACUUGGGAUUGUGUGGAGUGCCGCUGACAAGAAAGUGCAAAGGAAAGAAUGGGCAAUCGACGCAGCCAAGAGAAGAAGAAGGUGAUGAUGAAGAUGGAUUCAUAGAUGGAUUUGGUUGGCGAAGUGUUGUGAUGGGAUAUGGAAUUGGAUUCAUUGUUGGGAUUGGAAUUGGUUACCUGAUUAUAAGAAGUGGAAGGCCAAGAUGGUUGGUAGAAUUCUUUUUUGGGGUUGGAUAUCAAUAUAAGACGAAGAAGAGAUGCAACCGAGCUACACCAACACGCAGGGUAACUUGAUUCAAAGCCAAAAGGAGAAUUCAGUGAUUUUCUUGUGUUUGAUUUGGAAGUAUUGCUUGUGAUUUAGUUGUGUAUCCUAUUUCCUUUUACCUUUUCAAGUGCUAUUUUUGUUGUGUUUUCUAUUUCUUUUUAUCUUUUUCAAUUGCUACUUCCGUGAUUGUGUUUGAUAUCUUCAAUACUCUCUGUGAGGUAUAUUAUUGUAACACCCCGACUUUUUUCUACCUUUCUAUUGUAUUCUUGAAAGGACCGUCGUUUGUGCACUUGAAAAUUUUUCAACCUUGUUUCUUUUGUCGA